AUGGGUGAUAGUCUGUGUAAUAUUGCUCGAUAUAUUACAUUACUGACGGAUGAAGACAGAUUCGUUCGAAAAAAAGCAUUGAAGUCUGUGGAAGACUACUUGAAUACUAACAGCGAUAAAGAAAGUACCAUUUUUAGUUCAGUAGCAGAAAAUCUGGCAAAGACUUUGAAUGAUCCUGUUGAGGUCAAUCGCGAACUUGCAGUGAAAGUUUUAAAGCUGUCCAUAGAUGUAACUAAUGAUGUGACACCUUUGCUUGCAUUAUUAGUGCCUGUGCUGGUUAUGCGUUUAGGACAGAAAGAAAUAAUAGAACAUUCCGAAGAGAUUCGCUACUCCACACUUAAUCUCUUAUAUAUUUUGUUGAAUAGAACUGAUGAGAUAUCUCCAUUUGUCGAUGAUUAUAUCUCAGUAAUUCAAAAGACACUUGUCGAUCCAUAUCAUGAAAUUAAAAAAUUGUCUUGUAAAAUUGCAGUGGUUUUAUCGCAGAGAAAAUGCCAUCGAUUUUAUCAAAUUUCGGAGUCUAUUUUACUGCCUAUGUUGUCAAAUCUUACACAUCAACAUUCGAAAGUUAGAUUAGAAACUGUGGUCGCUCUUGAAAAGGUUUUGCUGCAAAGCCAGGGAAAGCUUGUUGAAAAUGUUAUCGCACCAUUAACCCAAAGACUUUUUGAUUCGUCAUCAGCAGUUAGACGAGCUGUUAUUGAACUUGUGGGCUCAUGGUUGUUGGAUUUACCUGAUCGGUAUUCAUAUCAAACAAAGUUAUUGCCUCUACUUCUUUCCGGUUUCAUUGACGAAUCAGAUGAAAUCCGUAUGGUUGCUACAAAAUUGUGGCAUCAUAUAGGACUUAAGUUUGAAAAAGAGAACGAAGAGCAGCUGAAAGAUAAACUGGAUUUCGAUCACGGUCCUCCAUUUCACUAUCCAUGUGGGUGCAAACGACCAAUACUGGGUUGUCGAGAGCUCGUCUACAGAUCGGCAUCCAAACUAUUUCCAGGUUUAUGUAAAGAUCUUUCAGACUGGCAAGAAGCAACACGUUUAAAAGCAGCCAGUUUAAUACCCAUAUUAAUAUUACAUCUUGAAGAAUCUGCUACUCAACAUACUCAACAUCUUUUAACGGGUAUUGCAAAUGGUCUAGCUGAUGCACUUAGUCGAAUAUCACCUGUUGGAAAUAUGUCUUUAAUAAAUAUGAUGCCUAUAGUUUCAUUUCGGAAGGAAACAUCUUCGUCAAGUACAACCACUGCUGACAGAGUAGAUGUAAUGAGUUUAGUCGUUACACAUGCCACAUCUCAGGUGUUUAGUUUAUCUGAAGCCAACGAGGCAAUUAAAAUUAUCAAUCAAUUAUUUAUUGCUGCUCAAGUUUUGGGUUGCAUGAUCCCCACUAAGUUUUGGUGGCAUUUACUGGAACCAUGUCUUGAUCGUUGUACAGAAUCUGCUGCACCAUCAUCAUUAGCUGGCCAUUUACUCCUUUUAUCUGGUUUACUUCAUGGUAGUCCAUUAAACCAAUUAAUAAUAACUGACGAAAUGAAAGAGUUAAAGCGUGACUCAUCAUUGAAUAAGUGUUCUACUAAUGUGACUAAUGCUUUCGCUAAUACUACCAGUACUGCUACUACUUCUGAUGAUAGUCAUUGUAUUCAUGGAAAUGAAACUAAUGAAAAUAAUGAUUAUCAAAUGAAAAGUGGUCAUGUCAAGGAGACCUAUACACCAACCAAUUAUAGUACAUUACAUAAGAUUAUCUCUUAUCUUUGUCAAAAUGAAUUAAUCUCUGUCAUAUCGAUUAAUGCCAAAGCAGGUCUAUUAGAAUGUGUUCAAGUGUGUAUUAAACAUCUUGAAGAAGCGAUUGUUUUAUUAAAAAAGGAAACAGAACAACAGCAACAACAAGGGGAUACUUUAGAAACUUUACAAUUGAAUGAUGAUAGUCAUAAAAAUAUUAUUCAAGCUACUUAUAACGCAGCAAAGUUAGUAAUUCAAGACAACCAGAUCCGUUCAUGUUUGUUUGAAAUAAUUCUUGGAUCGGGUGCAAUUUGGCCAGAAAAUGAUUUGAUUUCAUCAGAUUUCGGUCGUACAGUUCUUAGUUCAUGUGAUAAACUCAUGCAAUGGUUAGCAGCCUGUCACCGUGACUGUAUAAAUUUAUCCAAACAAUAUCAUCUCUCCACUGAGGAGGACUUUGAAGUAAAUUCAACAACAGUUAGUCAUAUGGAUCAACUGUUUUUCAGCUGCAUGCCUAAGUUAAUUUGUAGAUUAAAUAAAGAUUUGAAAAAAUCUAUUUCAUGGAAUCCACGUUCAGUUGGAUUAGCGAUACUUUCACGUUGUUUACAAAUAGCUACUGGACCGGCACUAUUAUUCACAUUUAAUAAUCAUGAUAAUAAUAGUCAAACUAAAAAAGAAUGUUUAGCAUCUGUGCUGGAUCUUUUAGAACGUGGUUGUCGAUUAAAUCGUGCACCCUGUGGCGGUGGUGUUGACAAUGGUAGUAGUAAUAGUAGUCAGUUUGAUAAAUCACCCGGUGGUACAGAUCCAUUAACAUUAGCUAGUGAAGCUGAACUUCGUCUACGUGGUUUAAUGUUGCUUACAAAACUGACAGAUAAUAAUCAGAUCAGAGAAGUAUUAUCAUCCCCAAAAUAUUUGGACUAUUGUUUUUCUAAGUUAAUUUUACCCGUAUGUGUAUGGAGAGCUGGUCGUACAUCAGAAGCCAUGCGAAAAGCAGCUAUUACAAGUUAUUUAGCAUUGUUAGCUAGUGCUGUAUCAAUGUAUCAUUUAUCUGAAAUUGUUUUGAAUUUACGAACUAACAGUGAAAUCAACAUAGAUAAUUGGCUUUUAACUAACAACAUUGAAUCUAUGCAUGAGAUUAUGCAAGAGUUAACAAAUAGAGAGGAAGUCUGUGAUAUUAAUAAUACUAAUUCUAACAAUGAGAUACAAUCCUUUCCAAAAUAUAGUAAUCUACCAAGUUUAUCUGGCUCCUUGUUAUCUUUGAUGUUGGCACGUUUAGGCUCAUUAUUAGAUGAUGAUUUGGAAGGGACCAGACGUUUAGCUUGUCUUUGUUUGACCAUAUUCUUUAAUGGUCUUCUUAUACCUUCACCACCAAUAUCACCGGCAUCAUCAUCGAUGGAGUUAUCUAACGGUAAUCAAAAUCAUUAUGAAGGAAAUCGAGUUAUUGAUUUUCUCAAUUCACCUACAUGGAUUCAACCGCUUGCUACUACUAUUACUAAUACUGUUAGCAGUAGUAAUCAUGAAUUGGUCAAAGAACAUAGUGUAUUAUUGCCUUAUUGUCCACUGGCCAAUUCAUUUGGUGAUCAAGUCUAUCGUUUUUAUGGUAAUUUUAUUAAGCGUCUUAAUGAUUCGAAAGACCAAAUACGAUUACUUAUCUGUGAAACAAUCAAUGCAUGGAUUCGUCUACUUAUUCCAAUGUUAACAUCAUCAACAACAACCAUUAAAACAUCUCAGCAAUUAAAUCCAGUUUAUACUGCUGUUAUAGAAGAUUUCCUAAAUAACCUCAUUAUUCAUUUAGAUGAUCCUAAUUCACGAAUACGUGCCAGUGUAUCACGUGUUCUCUUGAGAAUCAAUCAAUUCGCUCCAGAUCUGGUGAUUAAAGUUUUAAACAAAGCUAAAUUAUGUCAUCGUUCAUCUCAAUUAUGUGAUAAACUAUUAGAAUUUUGUCAUUCACAUUCUCAGUAA